GCUCGAGUGGAGAGGAUGGAGCAAUUCCAGAAGGAAAAAGAAGAGUUGGAUAAAGGAUGCAGGGAAUGCAAACGGAAACUCGCCGAGUGCCAGAAGAAAAUGAAGGAGCUGGAAGUGGCGGAUGCGGAGAGCGGGAAGGGGGAGCUGGAGAAGCUCCAGGCCGAAGCCCAGCAGCUGAAGAAGGAAGAGAAAAGCUGGGAAAAUAAAUUGGAGGAGCUGAAGAAGAAGGAGAAGAACAUGCCCUGGAACGUGGACACCCUCAGCAAAGACGGCUUCAGCAAGAGCGUCUUCAACGUCAAACCGGAGGAGAAGGAGGAAACGGAGGAGCAGAAAGAGAAGAAACACAAAACCUUCGUGGAGAGAUACGAGAAGCAGAUCAGGCGCUUCGGGAUGCUGCGGCGCUGGGACGACAGCCAGAAAUAUCUCUCCGAUAACCCUCACCUUGUUUGCGAGGAGACGGCUAAUUACUUAGUCAUCUGGUGCAUCGAUCUGGAGGUGGAAGAG